CCAACCUGCACUUUUUCGCCGCCUCCUCCUGAGUGGAUAUGAUGGAUGUUUAACGAGCGGAUGGGAUGCCAGUUUAUAGCAUCGUCGCCAAAUUCCCCGACACGUCCGGUGAUUCCAUACAGCUGGCAGCAGAAGGAGAAGUUCUGACCAUGACUGACAACAACGCCCCCAAGUCUGCUAAAAAAAAACACUGGACCUCUCUGGAGGUCGGUCUCAUCGCUGUUGUCUCCUUGCUCGUCAUCAUCGUCGUGACCCUCAUCAUCCUCUUUGCCACUCUGCAGACAGACAAAAUCUGCACUACGGCUGACUGCACUUGGUCGGCGGCUCGCCUGAUUGAAAACAUGGACGCCAGCGUGGAUCCUUGUGACAACUUCUACCAAUACGCCUGCGGAGGGUGGCUCAAAAAGAACAUUAUCCCAGAGACCAGCCCGAGAUAUAGUACCUUUGCUGUCCUGCGAGACGAGCUGACGGUCGUCCUUAAAGGUGUUCUUGAAAAAAAAGUGGAGGGCGAAGCAAACGCUCUCAGCAAGGCUAAGACCCUCUACAAGUCCUGCACCAAUGAGAGUUUAACUGAGCAAAAAGGGGGUGCUCCUUUGCUCAUGACGCUGCCUGAUGUGUUUGAGUGGCCCAUGGCUGUGGACAACUGGGACACCGACUAUGGUAAAAGGUGGCGAGCGGAAGAUGUUAUAGCCAAGUUGACCGUGAAAUACCAAAAUCCACUCCUGGUCUCCAUGUACGUUGAUGUCGAUGAACGAGACUCCAAAUCACACAUCAUUCAUUUUGAGCAACAGCACAGCCUGGACCUCUGGUCCAAAAGUUACUAUGCUUGUAAUGGAUCCUACGAGGAGGCAUGCCGGCUCUACGAGCUGUUCGUGAUUGACCUGGUGAAGCUGAUCCGCACAGACCGAGGUCUUUCCUUCAAUGAGACGCUGGUCAGAGAGGAAGUGACUCGGAUUAUGGAGCUUGAGAAGGGCAUUGCCGAGGCUAACGAUCCCCCAAGUGUCUCUAGCGAUCGAGAGUUGCGUUACAACAAGAUGGAACUUGCCGAUCUCAACGCUAAUUUCACCCUUGAAGUUGAUACGAGGGUAAACUGUUUAUCCAGACUGGUAAUGCAUUGUCUGUUACGCCUUUCCAUCCUCCCGCUAAUGUAUUCCUCUCUCCCUGUUCGGACUGGCGGAUUUGUCCUGAAGCUGUUCAACUGGAGUUAUUUCACCGCCCAGAUAAUGAAUACAGUCAACAUCACUGUCAUGGAAACAGAGGAGGUCAUAAACCUAAACCCCAACUAUUUCAGAAGGCUCAACCAACUGUUGGCCAGAUAUACAAAGAGGGAUGUGCAGAACUACUUGAUGUGGCGUUUUGCUUCGCAGAUGGUGGUGCACCUGAGCAAGGCAUACAGGGACACAGCCAAAGCCUUCAAAAAGGCGAUGAAUGGCGCGACGGCGGAGGAACCAGUGUGGCGUCAGUGUGCGGGGUUUGUCAAUGGUGCCAUGUAUAAUGCCGUAGGGCGACUGUAUGUGCAGGAGGCGUUCUCCGACAACAGCAAAAAGAUGAUGGAAGAGAUGAUUACAGAGAUCCGAGAUGUCUUUAUCAGUAACCUCAAGGAACUGACAUGGAUGGAUGCAGUCACCAAAAAAGCAGCAGAGGAAAAGGUUAGAGCUAUACGGGAACAAAUCGGCUACGCUGACAACAUCAUGGAUGACAAAUACCUCAACGACGAGUACAAAGAUCUGAACUACACCGCAGAGGAAUUCUUUGAAAAUAUUGUGCACACUGCGGCCUUCAACAACAAGAAAAUCCUGCAGAAACUCAGAGUGGACGUCAACAAAGAUGAGUGGGUGUCAGGAGCAGCAAUCAUUAACGCCUUCUACUCAUGGAGAAAAAACAUCAUAAUAUUCCCCGCUGGUAUCCUACAGCCGCCGUUCUUCAGUAAAGGCCAGGCCAAAUCUCUCAACUACGGAGGAAUCGGCAUGGUCAUCGGCCACGAGGUCAUGCACGGCUUUGACAACAUCGGUCGUAAAUAUGAUAAAAAUGGCGACCUGAAGGACUGGUGGACGGAGGACUCGGCUCAAAGGUUCUUGGAGCUGUCUGCGUGCAUUGUCGAUCAGUAUGCCAACUUCUCUUGGGACCUGGCCAACGGACUUAAUCUAAAAGGUAACAACACCCUUGGGGAGAACAUUGCUGAUAACGGAGGAGUUCGGCAGGCCUAUCAGGCCUAUAAGAACUAUGUGAAGAAACAUGGUGAGGAGGCACUGCUGCCAGGACUCAACCUUAACCACGAUCAACUCUUCUUCCUCAACUUUGCUCAGGUGUGGUGUGGAACACGACGACCAGAAGAUGCUUUGAAUUCCAUCCAAGUCGAUCAACACAGUCCAGGAAAAUUCAGGGUGCUGGGCUCCCUUCAGAACUUCCCAGAGUUUGCCAAAGUGUAUGGCUGCAAUAGAAGCAGCUACAUGGUCUCGGACAAUGUGUGCCGCGUGUGGUGAUCCGCAAAGCUCUGUGGGCCUGUGUGGACAUCCUCAUCGGUCCUAGGACCUCAUAUAGGAAGUGGGAGCCCACCCAUCCUGACGGAGUAGGCCUGCCAUGAGUUCCUCGGCGAUGAACAGCGCUGGCUAUAAAGCUCCACAAAUAGACGGAUGUGAGCAUCACUCCUGCCCUUACUACUACUUACAACCAACAAUCAGUCUUUGUCUUAUUGUUUUUUUUUUCUUUUGUUUGUUUUCUGUACUG